CGAAGAUACUUAAUUAUGUUGCUUUGAAUCUUUUUGUAAGAAAUUGCAAAGUCACAAGAUAAAUAAAUAGAGCAAGCUUGGAUACUCGUCAACAAGAUCACGUAACUGUCGAUUGUACAAAUAAAUAAGAAUACGUUUAAUGGAGACUAAAAGUCAAAGAAAUGGACACACUUAUUGGCAAUGGACUUUUACGUUAUUCGCAACUAUUUCAAUUUUAGUUCAAGGUAUAGACAAUGGUUGGAUAUCUCCGAUAGCGAAACACCUCCAAUCUGAAGCUUCUCCAACUGGAUACCCAAUCUCCGAUGAGUCUCUUAAUUGGAUUGUAAGUUCUAUGAGUUUAGCCGCAAUAUUUGGUGUACCGGUGUACGCCUACAUUGCUGAUGCGUUUGGAAGACGAGUUGGGGUUAUACUUCUAGCACUUCCACAAGCGAUAUCAUGGAUUAUAAGACUGUCAUAUUCUUCCACGACAACUCUUAUCAUUGCCAGAGUUGUUUCGGGUCUAGCUUCUGGAGGUUGUUUCAACAUUGUGCCCAUGUAUAUUAAGGAAAUAAGUCAAGACAAUAUUAGGGGAACUUUGGGAACGCUUCCAACUGUAUUACAAACCUUAGGUGUAUUUAUAGUAUACAUCAUCGGAGCUUAUUUGGAUUAUUUUACAAUGAACUGUAUCAUAUUGAUUUUACCAAUUGUGACAAUUCUAUUAAUGCUCAAAGCUCCUGAAUCUCCUGCCUAUCUAGUGAAACAAGGCAAAAUGGAUGAAGCCCUAAAUGCAGUUGCACUCUUAAGAGGCCUUAACAAAAAUGAAAAACACGUCCAAAAUAUUGUAGAAAAGAUGAAAGAAGAAGAAGAUUAUUUUAGAACUUUGCCAAAUAUUUCAUUAAUUAAUAUAUUGCGACGAAGAUCCUGGCGCAGAGCGUUUGUACUCUCAAUGUUUACUUUUACGUUCUUCGAGUUGAACGGUGCGCUCGUUAUUGUGACAUACGCUUCAACAAUACUAAAUUCUACAGGAGUAGAAUUUAAUAUACGUCCGGAGUUACAGGCCAUCAGUUUUCCCAUUGUAAUGACAAUAGGUUAUCUUGUGGUAGCUACAUGCGUUGAUCGAGUUGGUAGAAAGCCACUUCUAAUUUUGGCGUAUUUGGUCACCUCUUGUACUAUGUUCUGUUUGGCAAUAAUAAUGAUAUUACAAAUGAACGGCGGUGGUUCGAUUCCGGCUUGGCUUCCCGUGUUGAUUAUGAUGCUUUGUGUAUUCAUGUUUAGUGGUGGAGUUAUGCCAUUAUCCUAUAUUAUCUUGACGGAGAUGUUCAGUUUUCAGAUCCGCGCUAAGCUCAUGGGUUUAGUAGUAACCUACGCUUGGUUCUUAACUUUCUUGCUAUACAACAUUCAUGCAUUAUUGACAAAUAGUCUUGGAAAAUAUUCUGCGUUCUUGUUUUACGGCUUAAUAAAUCUUGCUGGGGCCAUAUUCGCGUUUGUGUUUCUGCCAGAAACGAAAGGGAAGACUGUUGAAGAAAUUAUGAAAAUUAUAGCGAAAAAUAAACAGAUCAAAACAGAUGAUAACGAAACUUGAAAUAACAUUUAACAGGAAUUUAUUAAAAAGAAACUACAGCAGUAGA